UAGAGCACGCGUUGGUAGCUAUCCCCAGCUGGCGGAAGGGAAAUGACCAAAGGACCAUACCGCAGACGGGCUUUUUAUUUUCACUCUAUUUCAUCGUCUCUCCCAUCGCAUUGAUCUCUGUGACACAUUCAACUCGUAGGCAUCUUCAUUGAAAAAUGUCAGCCAAAUUAUUGAGCUACUUCUUACUUCUGUCAGUCUUUCAAGCGUGUUCUCAAAAAAAUGAAUAUGACGAGGAGUAUGAGGAUGUUACUGUGAACCAAAUGUUGGUGCCGAAGACCACGGAAUCAGACGCCACGGAGAUACUGAACAAUUUACUCAAGGAAUAUGAUAAGAAGCUACGGCCAGACAUUGGAGUUAAACCAACCAUCAUUGAUGUGGACAUCUACGUGAACAGCAUUGGACCAGUUUCAUCAAUAAAUAUGGAAUACCAAAUUGACAUCAUCUUUGCCCAGACGUGGACAGACAGCAGGCUGAGAUACAACAGCACCAUGAAGAUCCUGACCCUGAACAGCAACAUGGUGGGCCUCAUCUGGCUUCCUGACACAAUCUUCAGGAACUCCAAGAACGCAGACUCCCAUUGGAUUACAACGCCCAAUCAGUUGCUCAGGAUAUGGAACGAUGGAAAGAUCCUCUACACUUUGAGGCUGACCAUAAAUGCAGAGUGCCAGUUACAGCUGCAUAACUUCCCCAUGGAUGAACACUCGUGUCCUCUCAUCUUCUCCAGCUAUGGGUACCCCCGUGACGAGAUGAUCUACCGAUGGAGGAAGAACUCAGUGGAGACGGCAGACCAGAGGUCCUGGAGGCUCUAUCAGUUUGACUUCAUGGGGCUACGCAACAUCACUGAUAUAGUCAAAACAACUGCAGGCGAUUAUGUGGUGAUGACGGUGUUCUUCGACCUGAGCAGAAGGAUGGGCUACUUCACCAUCCAGACCUACAUCCCCUGCAUUCUCACCGUGGUCCUGUCCUGGGUCUCCUUCUGGAUCAAGAAGGACGCCACGCCCGCCAGGACAGCACUAGGUAUAACCACGGUGUUGACCAUGACCACUCUGAGCACAGUAGCCAGGACGUCGCUGCCCCGGGUCUCGUACGUGACGGCCAUGGACCUGUUUGUCACUGUCUGUUUCCUGUUUGUGUUCGCUGCGUUGAUGGAGUACGCCGCCCUCAACUACUAUUCUUACGGCACCAGCCCCAAACCCAGGAAGGCCCAAAGAAUGAAGUACUCUGUGCUGGACGUGAGACCACCGCCCGCCGUCAUCGCACUGAACAACUCCUUGCUCAACAACUCCAUGUACAGCAACUCAGUGUCCUGGCAGGAGUUUGAGGACACGUGUGUCUACGAGUGUCUGGACGGGAAGGACUGCCAGAGCUUCUUCUGCUGUUACGACGAGUGUCGAGACGGCGGCUGGAGAAAAGGACGAGUCCACAUAGAUAUCCUGGAGCUGGACGCUUACUCCAGGGUCUUCUUCCCCACCUCCUUCAUCCUUUUUAAUGUAGUCUACUGGGUGAGCUAUCUGUACCUUUAGCAGCCUGCCCAGGAUAGGCUGCCUACAGCCUUACCACCUCAUAGGGACUGGCGCCAUGGACUUUUAGCCUCUCAGAGACAGAAAGACGCCAUAGAAAAUAAAGGUAUGGUCAUGUGAGACAGACACAAACAACAAGACUUUCCGAGGGGAGAAGCCAAAUAACUCAUGGUUUCGUCUGAAG